AUGUUGUUGCGACAAGUGCCGAACCGCAACGGCUAUGAGACUUGGCGGCAGCUGGUCAACAUCUACGCACCGCGAUCGAAAGUGCGAGGACUUGCACUGCUGAAUGCCAUCAUGUCAUUUCCCCCGUUUGUGAAAAGCAAAACGACCAGGGAGCAGGUUGACGGUUUGGAUCGCCUUGCCCAGGAGUAUGAAAGGGUCUCAGGAGUGGCUGUGAAUCCAGAUAUUCUCCUCGGGACUUUACUUCGGGUUUUGCCGGCGCACUUGAGAAACCACAUUCAGCUUCAGAUGAAAAGUGACACCAGCUAUGAGCAGGUCAAGCAGUUCAUUCUGACAUAUGAAGUGACGACCAGCAAUUGGUCGGCGUCCAAAGUGCAGCAAAGCUUAGGAAUAGGCCCCUCGGGUGACCAUAGUGCCAGUGAUCCCGUACCCAUGGAUGUAGAUAGGGUCGCUAAGGGGAAACCUAAAGGCGGCAAGGGCGAUGGUCGUGGAAAGGGUGGAAAAGACAAAGGUGGAAAGGGCGGCAAGCCCAAUGGCGGGAAACCGAAUCCCGGUGGCGGUGGAGGCAAGUCUCAGAAUGCCAACCAGCCGAAAGGCGGCAAAGGAAAGGGAGGCAAAGCACAAAAGGAGACGCGAAAGUGCCAUCACUGCCAUAAGGUUGGACAUCUUGCCAAGGAUUGUUGGCUGCUGCAUGGCAAAGGCAAAGGCAAAGGCGUGCAUCAGGUUGCAGAGGUAAACCCUUCAAGUGCAGCGAGCGAGGCACCCACCAUCACGACAUCAGGUGGAGCGGCCAGCACGAGUGGAACAGUGCGGCGAGUUCAGGUGUUUGACUUGAGUGCGCCCGCUGACUGGUUCAUUGGAGGGCAUGUUCGUGCUGUCACAUGUGCCAUGCAGUCAGCUCGGAAUCCCAAGGCAGUUCAGAGCCCAGCAGGUCCCAGUGGCCAGGUUGCGAUCGGCCAGGCGUGCAGCAGCGACAUUUUGUCACCAGAAUUUCUUGAGAUUGUCCGAAUGCUGGAAGGUUCAUGUUUGAACAGUGCAGAGCCAGUGCGCGUUCUUGAGAGUAGCGAUGCAGUCAGCUCGGAAUCCCGAGGCAGUUCAGUCCCAGCAGGUCCAUUUUAUUUUGAUCAGAGCACAGUGCCACAGGUGUCCCAGGCUGCGCCAGCAGCAGAUCAGAGCACAGUGCCACAGGUGUCCCAAUUUGACAUUUCGGCCGAUGAUGAUUCAGGAUCGUGGGAGCACGGAGUUUCUGUGCAUGAGCUCAGCACUCUCAAGCGCUUGGAGCCCAACAAAGGCUUUGUGUAUGCUGUUCAGACAAUCCAAGAGUUGCCCUCAGCUGACGAUGCCCUGGAUGUGAUUUUGGAUUCAGGUGCAGACAUGAGUUGCUUGCCUCUUGAGUAUGCACAACAUGGUUUCGACCACGGGCACAUUGAUUGGUCUGGCCCGCAACCUGGAGACCCAGAUGCUGAUGAGCUUGCAGAUUACGAGCCUUCCGAAGCCGACAUGCAGGACACUUCUGCUCCACAGUUGGUGGAGGCGAUGCCAGGUGUGCCUCAGGUCCACAGGGAUGUGGAGGUGUUGCCAGAUGCCGAGGGCGUCACAGGCGAGGCGCCAGUGACAGGAAGCAGCAGUGACAUUCUUGUGUUUGAAGGCGUUGAGCUUUCCCUGCAGAGCACAUUGAGUGUGAUUCGUACGGCAUGCAAGUCGGCUGGGAUAUCAGUUUCAGGGAGCAAGCAGCGUUGCCUUGAUCGCUUGAGGGGUUACCUUGACAAGCAGCAAUUGGCCCUGAGUGCCGAAGUUGCUCAGACAGUCGGAGAUGACAGUACGCGUGAGCCGAAAGGGCAGUCCGUCACCAAGGCCCCAACAGAAGCCGAGAGGCAGUUGCAUGAGCUGACCCAUUGGCCAUUCCGGCCAUGGUGCGAUCACUGCAUGGCCAUGCGUGGUGUUGAGGACCGGCAUGAAUCACUGCCGGGGAGUGCCGAGGGCCAGGGCAAUGCAGCUAAGUUGACCGUUCUGGUUGCACAUGACACCAGCACCGGCAGUGUGCUAGGGCUUCCUGUUGCAAGCAAGGGGCGCGAGGAUCUGAAGUUCAGUGCAAUCGAGCUUACAAGGUUCGUGCAAGGCUUAGGCCACAACAGCAUUUUCCUUUGCUGUGACAAUGAGCCCUCCACGUUGGCUCUUCAAAGUCUUGUGGUCAAUGUUCGGACCAAGCUCGGGUUCAAAACCAUGAUCCGUGAUGCGCCGGUGCACUCGCAUGCAUCAAAAGGCUAUGUGGAGAAGGCCAUAGACUUGGUGAGAGGUCUCUCCAAUGUCUUGCUUGAUCAGGUGAGAGUCAAGUACAACUUGAGUGCUGAAACCAUCAGUGCAGAUCACCCUUUGAUGGCAUGGAGCUAUGUUCACGCAAGUUACAUCUUGAACAGGUUCGGAGUGAAAGGCGGAGCAACGGCAUUCGAGCGUGCCACUGGUUACCGUUUUGCAUCCAAGCUCGCCUGCUUCGGAGAACCGGGCGUCUGGCUGACACGAUCCAUCAGACGCAAUGCCAAGCCUUGGUCGGAUGAAGUGAACUUGAUUUUGGAAGGAAAGGGUUUCCCUUGGAAUUACCAGUUGGGAGUUCUUGGAGCGAAAAUUUUCCCACAGCCACGCAAUCGUGUUCCAAAGCCGGCCGAGGACGCUGAUGAGGUGUUUGAACAGCAGCAGAGUGCGCAAGUUGAUGUGUCAGGUGCCAGAGGUGAUGAGGCGCAGGCAGUUGCAUCAGGAAUGCCGAGUGUGGCGGGGAUGGCGGGGAUGCCUCCGCUUAGCAGCCAGCCACCGAACCCUGCACCAUCCUCCAGAGCCACAUUGCUUCUUGAUCGUCACGACAGAGGGAGUGCGAGUGUCCCAGGCAGUGUGCCAGCGAGUGUGAGACCUCCUCCUCCUGCGCAUGCUGCGGUGAAUGAGUCACCAAUGGAAGUCAUGGGGACCGACCCACCGACAUCCUCUGAUUCAUCUUCGUCUUCCUCUCCAGAAGCCUUGCCCACUCAGCCUGUGUUUGAUGACAGCACCAUGCUUGCUGAGGUGGUAGAAAGUGUUCGAGCAGGUGCCAGCACAGGUCGACAGGCUGAGGCAGAGCCAGAUGAGUCCCAUGCAGCAAAGUUUCAGCGGAUCGCCCGAGUAGGCCGUGAGGACUUCCCAAUCAAUGAUGAAGUUUUGGAGUCCGCCGCAGAAUGGGAAGAUGCAGCACAGUAUGUGCAGCUUGGAGAAGAUGCCGAUGCAGAGCUUGAUCCAAGCCUUACCGCUGAAGAGGCAAAGCUUCUUGAAGAUGAAGACCUUCUAUGGUUCGAGGAGAUCCCAAGCCUCAGUGACGAGGAGUUGUCAGCCUUGGAUUACGUGGCAGACACUUUUGAGGUGAAGCGACUUCUUGGAAAACAAGUCUUGGAGGAAGUCGGAGACAGCUUUGAUCUCAGUGGUUACAAGGAGCUCUCCACGAAGUUCGUGAGAACGUGGAGGCAAAAGAAACGGCAUGGGCGCAUGAUGUUCUUUCGUAGAUCACGCUUGGUUGCAAGGGAAUACAAGUGGAUGGAGCGUGACCGGGAAGGUUUGUAUGCCCCGGCGACGUCGUCGCUCACCACGAAACUUCUGCCAUGGCUGUUUUGCGAGAUGAACAGGCGUCAGGAAGGUGCAGCCACAGACGAUGAUCCCAUAGGCGUCGUGGCUCUUGACAUAAAAGAUGCUUUUCUUUGUGUCCCACAGGAGCGUCCCAUGCUGGCCAAGAUUCCGGGUUUUCCUAAAAGGAUGCGGUUCCUCAAGAUGCUGCCAGGGCAGAGAGACGGAACGGCCAGGUGGCAUUCGUUCAUCAUGGAAUACAUCCGCGAGAAGCACCAGUUGUCUGUGUGUGCUGAGUGCCCUUCCUUGUACAAGCUGAAGGAUGCGAAAGAUCGCUCCAAUCCGGGUGUGAUCCACGUCGACGACCUCUGCCUUGUUGGGUAUGUGAGGUGGAUCUUGCAGCAACUGGUUCCCAGUCUUGAAAGCACUUUUGAGCUGUCGUAUGAGGUUGCAUGCAAGCCCGGGGAUUCCUUUAAGUUUCUUAAAAGGGAGCACGUUCUUCUUGAAGAUGGUAUCUUGAUCAAGCCAUUGUCUGAUCAUGCAGUGAACAUGUGCAAUCUUCUUGAAGUGCCAUUGCACAAGAAAGUGCCGACACCGUGCACAAAGGACAUCUUGGUGCCCGACACCAGCAAGCUGCUGGACAGUGCGAAGGCUGCGCGCUUUCGCAGCGCAAUCGGGAUUGCAAUGUAUGUGUCCCAGGAUCGACCCGACGUUGCCUUCACAGUGAGGAUUCUGUCUCAGAAGCUCCGAGAGCCGACAAUGCAAACUUGGAGUUCGGGUCAGAGGUUGGCAUCGUACUUGGCGUGCACCACAGGUUACGCAAGCAAGGUGCAUGCCCGAGGUGACAAGCUUAGCAUUCUUGAGCCUUCCGAUCCUGGUGGAGCGCAUGAUGGAGUGCUGCUGGAGGUGUUCUGUGAUGCAGACUGGAGCGGCAACAAGCAGAAUCGCCGCAGCAUGAGCAGCAGCUCGUUUUUUUUGAACAGCUGCUGUGUCUAUACUUCGUGUAAGAGCCAACGCUGCGUAAGCCUCAGUUCCACUGAAAGCGAAUUUUACGCCUUGGUGUCCGCGGCCUGCGACGGCAUCUACUUGAAAAGAGUUCUUGAAUACCUGCUUGAACUACCGGUAGAUCUUUUGAUGAGGACUGAUAAUGCAAGCUGUCGCCAGAUAUCUUUGAAGCAGGGCGUAUCAAAGAUCAGGCAUCUUGAUGGAAGGUUCCUCUGGGUGCAGGAGAAGACCGCGGAUGGUACACUGAAAGUUGGCUCAGUCGACGGGCGAUGGAACCCGUCAGAUCUUGGAACCAAGGUCCCGGCAACUGGGAGUCGCUUGAGAGCAUUGCUUUGCAUGCAUGACUUCGUUGACUGUGCCGGUGAUUGCAUCCAAGAGGUAGGCCGUGGCGACUAUGAUCAGUUGGUCGAGUCGUUGCAACACUGCAAGGACACAGCCCGUGUCCGGCGAUUGAUCAACAAGUCGCUGAAGACCAAUGGUUUGAGCAACAGCAAUCUUGUUUUGAUGAUGGUGAGCUUGAUUGCAGGUGCAGAUGCAAGUGGCACGAGGCGUGAUGUGAGUGUUCAGACAGAGCCAGAGGCAAGAUGGUUCAGCGUUUGGGUGACCGGUUUGGUCAUCCUCGUGUCUCUGUUGAGUGUCAUGCUGAGCCUUGAGCGGCUGCGGGCCGAUCGCCGCAGGGACGAUGCAAGCGCGUAUAGGACCACCAGUGCCGAGCCGAGCACGUCUGUGCCAGAGUAUGGGCGUUGGAGUGUGAUCACCGCAACCCUUUGCGGUGUGCCUUCGCUUGUGUGCUUGAUGCAGCUACGCAAGUUGAGAUUCUUGCUUGUGACAGAAAGGCAUGAGACCGAUCGCUUGCAAGGAGUCAUCAAUGAAAUGGACUAUGACCGCAUGAUGUGGGCAGAGCACCAUGCACGUGAGGGUGCAUCAGCGUCAUCAUCAGGUGUACCGUUGCAAGUUGCAUCCCACAGUGGACGUGUGGGCGAUGUGCCAGUGCAUACGCCAGAGUUGCAUGUUUAUUGCACUGCAAGGCGAGGCAAAGCUUACCAUGCGAAGCGCGGAUGCACAUGCUUGAACAACGCUGAUGAGAUCCUGCGACUUGGCUUAGCAGAGGCCAAGGAACGUGGCUACCAGCCAUGUGGGCGAUGCUUCGGAGGCAAUCGCAAACAGAAAUGA